UGUCAAAGUUGACAUCAGCCCCGGAGCCGAGUUGAACCGGAGCCUCGUGCCUGAACGGGAGAGCGAGCUCACAUCAUUCAGUGGCGCAUGCUUCACGGAGUUAUGUACCUCGCGCUGUCUUGCCCUCUGAACUGCCUGCCAUCAUGGAUUGCAAACCGCGCGCGAAACCACUACUACUUUGUAUUUUUCUGUUCAUCUUGUCGUUUAUUUGUCCAGCACUUCUGAUCAUCCACCCGUCCAAUGAAGUGAACCUAUUGGACUCCAAAGCCAGCCAGGGGGAGCUGGGAUGGAUCUCCUACCCAUCACACGGGUGGGAGGAGAUCAGCGGAGUAGACGAGAACUACACUCCCAUCAGGACCUUCCAGGUGUGUAACGUGAUGGAGUAUAGUCAGAAUAACUGGCUGAGGACCAACUGGAUCCCACGCCAGUCAGCCAAGAAGAUCUACGUGGAGCUAAAGUUCACCCUGAGAGACUGUAACUCCAUCCCCCUGGUCCUGGGGACCUGCAAGGAGACCUUCAACCUGCUGUACAUGGAGACAGACGAGGACCAGGGCAGCCGCUUCAGAGAACACCAGUUCUCCAAGAUCGACACCAUCGCUGCAGAUGAGAGCUUCACCCAAAUGGACCUGGGGGACCGCAUCCUGAAACUCAACACGGAGGUCCGGGAGGUGGGGCCUGUUACCAAGAAGGGCUUCUACCUGGCGUUCCAGGAUGUGGGGGCGUGUGUGGCGCUGGUGUCAGUCAGGGUGUACUUUAAGAAGUGCCCGUUCAUCGUUAGGAACCUGGCCUCCUUCCCUGAUACGGUGCCCAUGGACUCUCAUUCAUUGGUGGAGGUGAAGGGCUCGUGUGUCAAUCACUCCAAGGAGCAGGAGCCACCACGUAUGUACUGUAGUACAGAGGGAGAGUGGCUAGUGCCCAUAGGGAAGUGUCUGUGUAACGUCGGCUAUGAGGAGAGAGGGAGCUCCUGCCAAGCAUGCAGAGCCGGGUUUUAUAAGUCUCUGCUGGGUAAUGCCCAGUGUUCUAAGUGUCCACCUCACAGCUUCACCCAUAAUGAGGGAGCGCUACACUGUGGCUGUGAGAAAAACUACUUCCGCGCUGAUGGAGACCCACCAUCUAUGUCCUGCACACGUCCUCCCUCCGCUCCUCGUAACGUGAUCUCAGUCAUCAACGAAACCUCAGUGAUUCUGGACUGGUCCUGGCCGGAGGACACGGGAGGUCGUAAGGAUGUCACCUUCACCGUGCUGUGUAAGCGCUGCAGGCCGGGCCAGAGGGUGUGUGAGGCGUGUCGCAGCAAUGUGCGGUUCCUCCCCCGCGCUGCAGGUCUGCAGAACACUACCGUUACCGUGGGAGACCUGCUGGCUCACACCAACUACACUUUUGAGAUUGAGGCUCAGAAUGGAGUGUCCCAGUUAGCUCCUACCAUGAGGCAGUACGCUGCUGUGACCAUCACUACCAACCAAGCAGCCCCUUCUCCAGUGACUGUGAUCAGGAAGGAACGUACGUCUCGUAACAGCAUCUCUCUGUCCUGGCUGGAACCAGAGAGACCCAACGGCAUCAUACUGGACUACGAGGUCAAAUACUACGAGAAGCAGGAGCAGGAGACCAGCUACACCAUCCUGCGCUCUAAGGGUUGUAACGUGACGUUAAGCGGUCUGAAGGCAGACACCUCCUACCUGCUCCAGAUCAGGGCCAGGACUGCAGCAGGAUAUGGAGCCAGCAGCAGGAGUUUUGAGUUUGAGACCAGCCCUGACUCAUUCUCUAUCUCCAGUGAGAGUAGUCAGGUGGUGUUGAUAGCCAUCUCCUCUGCUGCAGCCAUCAUCCUGCUCACUGUCCUCCUCUACAUUGUGAUUGGCAGGUUCUGUGGCUACAGAAGGUCUAAACACCCUGACGAGAAGAGACUGCACUUUGGCAAUGGACACUUGCGUCUGCCAGGUAUAAGAACCUAUGUAGACCCUCACACCUAUGAAGACCCCAGUCAGGCCGUCCAUGAGUUUGCCAAGGAGCUGGAUGCUUCCUGUAUCGCCAUCGACAAGGUGGUGGGAGCAGGUGAGUUUGGGGAGGUGUGCAGCGGUCGUCUGCGUCUGCCCAGUAAGAAGGAGAACUGUGUGGCCAUCAAGACUCUGAAGGCAGGAUACACCGACAAACAGAGGCGAGAUUUCCUGUCCGAAGCGUCCAUUAUGGGACAGUUUGACCAUCCAAACAUCAUCAGGCUGGAGGGAGUGGUGACCAGGAGUAAACCUGUGAUGAUAGUAACUGAAUACAUGGAGAAUGGAUCCUUGGACAGCUUUCUGAGAAAACACGAUGCCCAGUUUACUGGUAUCCAGUUGGUGGGCAUGCUGCGUGGCAUUGCGUCGGGCAUGAAGUACCUGUCUGACAUGGGCUACGUCCACAGAGACCUGGCUGCCCGCAACAUUCUGGUCAACAGCAACCUGGUGUGUAAGGUGUCUGACUUCGGCCUGUCCAGAGUCCUGGAGGAUGACCCCGAGGCUGCUUACACCACACGGGGAGGUAAGAUCCCUAUCAGGUGGACAGCUCCAGAGGCCAUCUCCUACAGGAAGUUUACCUCGGCCAGCGACGCCUGGAGCUACGGCAUCGUGCUCUGGGAAGUGAUGUCAUACGGGGAGCGACCUUACUGGGAGAUGUCCAAUCAGGACGUUAUCAAAGCAGUAGAUGAGGGCUACAGACUGCCUCCUCCUAUGGACUGUCCUGCUACUCUGUACCAGCUGAUGUUGGACUGCUGGCAGAAGGAGAGGAACAAUAGACCCAAGUUCGAACAGAUCGUCAGCAUCCUGGAUAAACUCAUACGCAAUCCUGGGAGCCUGAAGAUCACAGCCAACACCUCACCCAGGCCAGCUAACCUGCUCCUGGACAGGAGUAGUUCAGAGGUGGUUCAGUCAUUGGGAACCAUGGGGGAUUGGCUGGACAACGUGAGGUCUCUGCCCUUUAAGGAGGCCUUCUCUGGGGUCAGCUACAGCUCCUGUGACACCCUGCCCAAGACCUCCGCAGAGGACCUAAAGAAGGUUGGUGUGACUAUCGUCGGACCCCAGAAGAACAUUGUGAGCAGCAUCAAAGCACUAGAGAGCCACAGUAAGAACGCCCCUGUCCCAGUGUAACUCGACUGAGCCACUACAGACUGGCUGUCUGGCUGUCUGGCUGUCUGGCUGACUGGCUGACUUGCUGACUGGCUGCCCUCUGGGCCCCGUUCCAAUCUGAAUGAAGCCCCUCUGCCCCGUUCCAUUCUGAAUGAAGCCCCUGUGGGCCCGUUCCAUUCUAAUGUAAAGCUUCUCCCCUUCAGUUCCUCCCUCCACUCCAGUGAGACCUCUGUGAACGUUUCAGUGACGUUCCUUCCACAAGGGAGCCCUCCCCUUGCAUGGGGUAGUGAUGGGGAGAGGAGGGGCUCAUUGGAUUAGAACAGCCCUCUGAUCUCUCUAACAUACAGGAAGGAAGUUCCAAACUAAAGGAGGAAGUAGACGUUAGAAAAGUGGUGCAGCGGAGGGCGACUGCCCUGGAGAUUGAUUAUGUCACCAUGUUGUCAUGCCCUGACACUGAACACAGGGCAAGCAGUCAGACCGACACAACAACUGUUCGACGCGCCACAUCAAUGCUGAAAUGCCUUACUGAGAACAGGAGAGGAGGGGAGAGAACCUGGCCUUGGACCUUGGGGGCAUGGCGAUAAAGGGCUGGAGCUGGGAUUGGAUAACGUGGGACAGCAGGGCCCUGUGUGUGACCUAUAGUGGUAAGGGGCUCGUUGAGAACUGAUCCAAUCGUGAUCUGAUCCUGUGGAUUUGACUGACAGCUCUUUAACUCUGGAGAGGGGGACAUUAAAUGCCUUUAGUAUAACAAUGCAGUCAGCAGCAGCACCAACCCACUCACAACAUCCUGGAGCAGACAGAAGCAGACCUGGAGAUUCAUUCAUGAACUCUGAAAUGCUGGACUCCCACCACUAAAGACCCCGCUCUCUCUCACAGAGAAGGACUGAUACCGCUCUGUGCGUCCGUGAGUGUGCUUGUGUUACUCAAGAGAAAGUCAGCUUGAGAAAGAAGCCAAACCAUUGGAUGGGCACCCAGACUACAAUAAGCCAUGUAUCCCCUAGCUAUAGACUAAUGUCUGAAAACAGUUGAUGUCAAACAGAAAGCAAUAACCACAACAAUCAGUUAUCGGUUUGAUCAACCAGAACCCAUGAGUCUUACACAGUUUGCUCUGAUGGUUCACAGGACAUAUCAGACCACAUACAGAACUGUAACUAACUGCCACAAGUCUGCUUAUUAUACUGUAGGUGAUGAUGCAUCACUCCAAGCUUCCUAGUUCCUAGCCCUAGUGUGAAAUCUCAGUAUGUGUUAUUCAUUCAAACUAAAGCAGGAUAGAGAGAAAAGGAGAAGUAGAGAGAGAGACAGAGAGAGAGAGAGAGAGAGAGAGAGAGAGAGAGAGAGAGAGAGA